AUGAGACUUCCUGUACGAACUAUACCUAGUUGUAUAACAAUUGGUAUCAGGAUUGGUAUAAGAAGUAGUUCACGUCUUCAUUCCACCAAUUCUGGAUUCACAUCAUUAUCAGAAGAUGAAAUGUCACAUUUUAAUGCCUUGGCAUCAAGUUGGUGGGAUGUUAAUGGACCUCAAAGAAUCUUACAUAAAAUGAACUUAUUGAGAAUGGAUUUCAUCUAUAGUACCAUUCGUAAUCAUAUACAGUUGAAUGAUCCAGAAACUCCUGAAGAUGAACAAGUUUAUAUUCCUCCUUUCAAUGUUGAUUUGUUACCUAAACCAGUGAGAAAUACUAUAAUUCAAGAACAAGAAGAAAGAAGAGAUGAUAUCUUGAAUGCUUCGAAACUUAGUGUAUUGGAUAUUGGUUGUGGAGGAGGGAUAUUAUCAGAAUCAAUGGCUAGAUUAAGUUUUAUAAAGAGUGUCAAAGGAAUUGAUUUAUCGAAGGAUGUAUUAGAAGCCGCAAAAUUACAUAAAUUGAAAGAUCCAAUGUUAAAUGAAGAUGAACAUAAACUUAACUAUGAGUUAAUGGCUAUUGAAGAUAUACCCAAAUCAGAAACAUAUGAUGUGGUGACGAUGUUUGAAAUGUUAGAGCAUGUCGAUCAUCCUUCAAAGGUAUUAAUUGAGGCCUUAAAUAAAGUUAAUGUGGGAGGUUGGGUUUUCAUAUCUACUAUUAAUCGAGAUUUUGUAAGUUGGUUUACCACAAUCUUUAUGGGUGAACAUAUAUUGGGAAUAGUUCCUGUUGGAACUCAUACAUUAGAAAAAUAUAUUGAUCAAUCAGAAAUUAGAGAAUGGUUUGAUAAAGAUCCAGAAAGAAAGAGUUCAUUUAAAGUUAUUGAUACUAAGGGAUGUAUUUAUUUACCUGCUUAUGGAUGGAAGUUCACUUCCACUCCCGAUGUUGGUAAUUAUUUCAUGGCUAUUAAAAGAGUUAGUUAA